AUGGAAGUGAAAGCGAGAGCUCCAGGAAAGAUCAUUCUCGCAGGCGAACACGCGGUGGUCCAUGGAUCCACGGCAGUAGCUGCCGCCAUUGAUCUCUACACUUACGUCACUCUCCGCCUUCCUCUUCAAUCAGCUGAGAACAAUGAUAGGCUUACACUCCAGCUCAAGGACCUUUCCUUGGAGUUUUCCUGGUCAUUAGCCAGACUCAAAGAAGCAAUUCCUUGUGACUCAAGCACUUUUUCCUCUUCCAAGCCGACUUCAUGUUCAGGCGAGACCCUUAAAUCAAUUGCGGUUUUGGUUGAAGAGCAAAAUAUUCCAGAGGCAAAGAUCUGGCUCUCCUCUGGGAUCUCCACCUUUCUCUGGCUAUACACCAACAUCCUAGGAUUCAAUCCGGCUACGGUCAUCAUUACAACCGAGCUUCCAUACGGAUCUGGCCUCGGUUCAUCAGCAGCUUUCUGUGUAGCCCUCACAGCUGCUCUUAUCGCAUCUUCUAGUUCAGACAAAACCCGUGGUGACGCUUGGUCCUCUCUCGAUGAAACCAAUCUCGAGUUGCUGAACAAAUGGGCUUUUGAAGGCGAAAAGAUCAUCCAUGGGAAACCUUCUGGGAUCGACAACACCGUCAGUGCAUACGGAAACAUGAUCAAGUUCUGCUCAGGCGAGAUAACUCGGUUACAGUCAAACAUGCCUCUGAGAAUGCUGAUCACCAACACUAAAGUCGGGCGGAACACGAAAGCUCUGGUCUCUGGUGUGUCAGAGAGAACGGUCAGACAUCCAGAUGCCAUGAACUCCGUGUUCAGUGCCGUGGAUUCUAUAAGCAAAGAGCUCGCUACGAUCAUCCAAUCUAAAGACGAGAACUCGGUUACAGAGAAAGAAGAGAGAAUUAAAGAACUCAUGGAGAUGAACCAAGGCUUGCUGCAGUCAAUGGGGGUUAGCCACAGCUCGAUCGAUACCGUGAUCCGAACCACGCUCAAGCACAAGCUUACCUCAAAACUGACCGGAGCUGGUGGUGGCGGCUGCGUCCUCACUCUAUUACCUACCCGGACGGUGGUGGACAAAGUGGUGGAGGAGCUCGAGUCCAGCGGUUUUCAGUGCUUCACGGCGUCAAUUGGUGGUAACGGAGCUCAGAUUUGCUUUUGA